CGAAGGGUUGCUUGAAAAUACAACAAGGAAGUGGACAUUUCUGAACAUCGCUAAAAUAACAUUCAAACGAGAGACGGUUUGAAUUUUCAGGUGACCCAGUUAUUGUAAAAAGUAUCGGGGGGUACAGUCGUCUUGGACUUACCCGAAAGCCCGUUGCUAUCAAUUUACAUAACCGUGGCUCCCGAAUCCAGCAAUGAAUACGGACGUGGAAUUUCACAUCAGACAAAAUUAUCCGUGGAACAAGCUACCAGCAAAUGUCAAACAGAGUCUUGGAAACUCGCAGCGAGAGUACGACAAGCAUGUAUUGCUAUACAGUAUACGAAACCAGUUACGAUACCGCAAUAACCUAGUAAGGCAUGUGAAGAAAGAGGAGCGGAAAUAUUAUGAGGAGCUGUUAAAAUACAGCCGUGAGCACCUCAUGUUGUACCCAUACCAUCUGUCUGACAUCAUGGUUAAAGGAUUGCGAGUGACACCCUUCUCCUACUACAUCAGCAUAAUGGAGGACAUCAUGAACAGUGAGAAGAGUUAUGAUUCCCUGCCCAACUUCACUGCUGCUGACUGUCUGAGGCUUCUGGGCAUUGGGAGGAACCAGUACAUUGAUCUGAUGAACCAGUGCAGGUCGUCCAAAAAAUUUUUUCGCAGAAAAUCAGCAAGAGACCUUCUGCCAACGAAGCCAGUGGAGAUCACUGUAGAGCCCUGGUGGGUAGCACAGACUGGGUACAUCACAGAGGAUGACAUCAGGAUCUGCUCCCCAGCAGAGAAGAAGGCUAUUGAUAAAAUGAUAGACUCUGGACCCCAGCUGGCUGGAUCGAUGGAGUUCAACGUGGUCCUCAGUCUGUAUAACAGAGGCUAUAUAUACCUUGAUGUGCCCAUAUCUGAUGACAGCUGUAUAUCAGUACCACCUCUGGAAGGAUUUGUCAUGAACAGGGUCCAGGGCGAUUAUUUUGAGACACUCCUGUACAAAAUUUUUGUGUCUAUUGAUGAACAGACUAAUGUGUCCGAGUUGGCUAAUGUACUGGAGAUAGACUUGGGCCUGGUAAAGAAUGCAGUGUCAAUGUACUGCCGCCUGGGUUUCGCUAUAAAGAAAGGUCAGGUAAUCAGCCCUGACCAGCUGCACCCCUCAUGGAAAAGUGCCCCCUCCAUCAACAGGCUAAAGAGCUCUAUGGACCCUCAGAAGAUGCUGCUGUCCUGGGAGGGGGGCAGUCCAGUAAUGGAGGCAGGCUCCUCUGCUACUGACACAGACACCACUAGUCUAGAAGACCAAGACACAGCCAGUGUGAGCAGUCUAAGCAUUCCUGCAGCUCCAACCAAGAGAAUCGCCUUUCUGUUUGAUUCCACCCUCACUGCCUUCCUUAUGAUGGGGAACCUUUCCCCUAACUUAAAGAGCCAUGCAGUGACCAUGUUUGAAGUGGGCAAGCUGUCUGAUGAGACUCUGGACAGUUUUCUGAUGGAACUGGAGAAGGUGGAGAGUACAGCAGAAGGAGAAGCACAGAGGUAUUUUGAUCAUGCACUGACCCUCAGGAAUACAAUAUUAUUUCUGCGCUACAACAAAGAGCUCACCCCUGACCAGGCUCCUGACAUACCAAAUAUAGGCCUGCCCUUGGACCUGCUCCGCUGUGAGAGUCUGCUGGGAUUAGAUCCUGCCACCUGCAGCCGUGUGCUCAACAAGAACUACAAACUGCUGGUUUCCAUGGCACCACUAAGCAAUGAGAUCCGACCAAUCAGCAGCUGUACACCUCAGCACAUUGGGCCAGCCAUCCCUGAGGUCAGUUCGAUUUGGUUUAAGCUGUACCUGUACCAUGUGACUGGCCAGGGCCCUCCUUCUCUGCUGCUGUCCAAGGGCUCCAGGCUGCGCAAGCUGCCAGAAAUCUUCCAGGCCUAUGACAGGCUCCUGAUUACUUCCUGGGGUCACGACCCUGGCGUGGUUCCCACAUCAAAUGUGCUGACUAUGCUGAAUGAUGCCUUGACUCACUCUGCGGUGCUUAUUCAGGGUCAUGGCAUGCAUGGCCAUGGGGACACAGUUCAUAUCCCCUUUCCUUUUGAUGAGGAGGACCUCAAAGGAGAAUUCUCCUACUCAAACAUGUGUGUGCACAAGGCCCUGAAGAUUCUCCAGUCCAAAGUGGACCUGGAGCACCAGUGUGGCUACAUCACCAUGCUGAAGUGCAACAACAGGCACCGGCGCAGGCCCAGUGAUGCUGACACAGGGGGAGAAUCAGACCUUGGUACAGGUUUUGAUGGAAAUGGAAGCAACGAGUCUUUUGAACUAGUGACCGAGGAGAACAACGAUGGUAAUAAGAAACAGGGAACAGAAGUGUCGUCCAGUGAAGAUGAGUGGGUCCCUCUGGAGUUGUGCUUUGGAAUGCCCCUGUUCAGCUCUGAACUUAACCGCAAAGUAUGUGAGAGGAUUGUCUUGCACAAGCUCUGCAGCAAAGACAGUCUUCAAGAGCUACUGCACUCGAGCCGAAAACUGUCCUUGCAAGUUCUGAGUUUUGUCCAGUCAUUCCAGGAUUGCAGCCAGCCAGCUGACCCAGACAGUGGGGUGUCAGGCCCCCUCAGUCAGCCCCCAGCGGAGUCCGGCGUCCCCCUGCCUGCCCUCAACCUACUUUUUAUGGAUGGCCAAUUGAAGGAGUGGAGCGGCCGAGCCCCGCCCUCCCUCCACAUCUCUACCAUACAGAGAGACCAGCUCACAUAAAACCACACCUUGUAAAAGUCUUCACCAAUCCCUCUUCAGCUUCUCACCAUAUCCCACUCAUCCUGAUCGAUUCCUGAGUCGCCAGUGUUGCUGUCUUGGCUCUGUUGUGCAUUCAGCCCAGCAUUUCAAUGCCCUUGCUAAAUCUGGAUGUUUCUAUCGACCGAGCCAAGAGUAACACUAGCACUGAUUAAUUGAGAUGGAUUUGAUCAAACUCUUAAUCUCUCCUAUUAUCAAGAAUCAAAUUUCACCUCAUUCAAAGAUUUUUUCAGUAUAAAUAUACAAAAUAUUCUCACAAAAGUGUGACUUGUUUCAUGUAUAUGGACCUUGCUUGGAACAUGUAGGACCAAACGUGGUUGGAUGAAGUCCUCCAGGUCUCUUGUAUAUGGCUAUUUGUACUGUCAUGUGGUGUGGCCCUAUGCAUGAUAAUCAUUGCACAAAAUCUCAGAGGAGUAAUUUGACUGAUUGAAUAGGGUAUGCAACCAUGAAAAUAGAGUUUUUCCUUUUGCACAAAAUCUGUGGAUGAUUUUUUUUUGUGUGUGCUUUUGCAGUUCCUUUGGCUUAAUUGUUAUCAUUUCAGUGUAGAUUUUUUUUCCCAUCUGCAAAAUAUUCCUUCACCAUUGGGUAACCACAGAGCAUAGGAGCAAUAUAUGGUUCCACAUUUUUUCUAUACUAUGUGGUAACACCAAAGAUUAUUAUUUUUUUUUUUAACAGCAAUUUCAGUAUGUUUUUUUUUUUUUUUUUUUUUUUUUUUUAAACAUUUUAUUUUAUUUUUAUUUUGCAGCCUUAUAAAUGAGUUGCAUGGUGCCCAGUAGACUGCAGUCAGCUCCAUGCUUGUGCUGUGGGCCUCUUCAUUGGCCGGUUUAAAGGAUACCCAUUUGGACUGACUACUGUUUUUUAGUCCAGAAAGUACCAAAGCCUAGGAGUGGGCUGACAUAAACAGAGAAGACCAUUCAUCUCUUUAAUAUUUGCUGUAUAUCAUUGAGAGUUUUAGAAGAGAUAAUGUAGCUUUGCUACAGUGUUGAAAGAUUUAGAGCCCUGAAGUGGUGUCACCAUUUUUUUCCUAUUUCCAUUUUUCCUUUCCUAGGAAUGCCGGCUGUAUUUCCCUCUUUGGAUUCUGUAGUAAUUGUUGACUAUGGAGUUUAUGAUGAUCUUGAUGACAGUGGUACAGAUAAAUAAGAGAUCUUGGUGCAGCAUGACCAUUGUGUGUGUGUGUAGUGUGCACCAUUCUCACACCUUUGUCCAAAUCUUCUCUCAUUCCCUCCAGUUCAGCCCUUCUACUGAUCUCCUAGUUCUUGCCUAUACCUCUCUUCUAGAUUAAUGAGAGAAAUCCAAAUCCCAGUUCCUUACCAAGCCAUCUCAGUGUUAGAGAAGAACUGUUAGUUUUAUAAAUUCACCCUGCAUUUUAGGAACUCUUUGUUGUGGUGUGUUUGAUGGGAUUGUGAAUAAUGCUCUUGUAAUCAAAUGGGUCCAAAAGUGACAUUCCUUCUUACCCUCUCCCAGCCACAUAAAAUAUAUAAUGCACCAAUAUGUAAAAAAUAUAUGAUAAAAUAUGAAUAAAUAAAUAAAUAUGUUACAACAACCUUCCCCUAAAGGGUAUUUAGGGAUGCGGUCCUUGCCUGAGGGAGUGUGGUGUGGAAACUGUUUUCCUGGGCUGGUUUCAGGAUUGGCCAUAGCCUGGUUUGUUCCCCAUUGCCCCCGGUAACUGUAAUUACUAUGGCAACAGAAAUGCAGAAUGUCACCAGGGGGCAGCUAGGUUCCAAAAUGGGUCAUAUCACUAGAGUAUAACGCAAAUGAAUGCAGAAGCCUGAGCACAGGGAAGGCACUGAGAGCACUGCAGGAUUGGACUUGAUAAUUAUGACUGAUGAGUGAUGUUAUUUAUUUAUUUAUUUAUUUGGUGUCAAUGU